AGGAGGAACAGGAGGAAGAAAGGCAUCGCGUAGCCACAGAGAGUGCACGCAGUCCACCGUGUACUCGGCAUGGACCGUCAGUACACUCUCUGCAUACUCGUACCGGCACAUCAGUACCGUAACUACGUGGACAAUUACCAUCAUCAUCAUCAUCACCAUCAUCAUCAUCAUCAUCAUCAUCAUCAUCAACAACAACAGCAGCGGCAGCAUCUGCAACAGCAGACGCAGGAACAGCAACUCAGAAGUUUGCAACCUCCGACGUAUCUUCAGUAUCAACAGCAACGCUUAAUUCAGCAGCGGCAACAACAGCAGCAGCAAGAGCAGAUCUACGAGAACGUCGUGUCUCAAUAUCGCAUGAGGAUGUGCUAUCACAAUGAUUACGAGAACGACGAGCAGAUACAGAGGUUCUACUGGGAACAGUGUUACCAGCGCAACGAUACCGACGAUACCACAGCGUAUUACUACUGCGAAUAUGUAAGGGCUCACUUGGGAUUACUCGUAAGAAAGUGCUUGAGAGUACUUGUCGAUACCGCCAGUUAAUAUCGCGCAUCGUUUCUUCUCUCCGAAGACGGUAAUCGAGUGUAUUUUAGUG